AUGAUCAGGAACAUGGAUCUGCUGCCUGCUGACCUGGAGCGAGUGGUGAAUUGUGAGGCUGUGAAGCUGGGCAAAAGCCCCGGCAGCAGCAGCUCUGUGAUGUUGACCCCUGUAUCUGAGGUGUCCUCCAUGGAGCUGGCCAUCCUGUCCCCUGGGCCCCAGGGAGAGGUGUCCCCCUCCUCACAGGCCUCAGAGAGCGGAGCCUCAGACAACAGUGGCCCCGAGCAAGGCCCAGAGGCCCCUGGAACAGCCCUGGAGGCAGGCAGCCAGCCGGACACUUCCAGCACAGAGGGGGGUGAGGAUGACAAGGACCCCAAGAGGAUCAAGCCACACCUCCACUGUCCCGUGUGCAAGGUCACGGUCAACUCUACAUCCCAGCUGGAGGCACACAACAGUGGUACGAAGCACAAACAAAUGCUGGAGGGCCAGAGCGUCCAGCCGCGGCGCCGGGGGAAGAUGGCGGGGGCUGGGGGGCGUUCGGCCUGCAAGAGCAAGCGCCUGGGCACCAAGGGCAGCGUGGGGGUGCCCAGCAAGAACUUCCACUGCGAGCACAUGAACAGCAGGAGACACAAGGACCGUCUGGCAGGAAAGCCCCCCAAACCCAAGUUCAGUCCCCCACAACAAGAGCCAGCCUACCUCCAGCUUAUCGACUGUGAGAUGGGCUGGGUAUGCAGGCGGGGCCGUGUCUGCAUGAAGAAAAUGUUCAGCCAGUACAACCUCACCUCUCUCUCUACUCAGGUGAGUGGCAGGCAGGGACAGGGGAGACGUGGGCUGUCAGGGAUACAGCUGGCUUAACCACUGGAACUGGC